CCCAAAUAUAAUCUCUAACGCCUUGUUCCGUAAUUAAAUGAUCUCAACUAUCUCUCAUUGAUUAAUUAUUAAAUAUAUAAAAGAUCGGUUCCUUUGCUCUCCACUACUAGUGAGAUCGAUUCCUGAAGAAAAAAAAAAGAAGGAUGGGGAGAUUGUUCUUGGUGGAACUGGAAGGCAAGUCCUACUGUUGUCGUCACUGCAAAACUGACAUCGCACUCUGCGAUGAUGUCGUCUCUAAGUCUUUUCAAUCACGCCAUGGGAAAGCUUACCUCUUCAGUAAGGUAGCGAAUGUGUAUGCUGGGAAGAAGGAAGAUAGGAUGAUGAUGACUGGAAUGCACACUGUGGUUGAUAUCUACUGCGUCAAAUGCGGCUCUUAUGUUGGAUGGAGAUAUGAGUUUGCUUUUGAGAAGAGCCAAAAGUACAAGGAAGGCAAAUCUGUUCUCGAAAGGUACAAGGUUUGGGGUCCGGAUGGGAACAAUUACUGGGUGGCUCAAGAAGUUGAAGCUGGAGAUAGUGAUACUGAUGAUUGAUUGAUGAUAUAAGAAGCUUCAUCUCAAAUAACUCAUUAUCUGAUUUGUACAUUCUCUCUUCCUCUUUCAUCUCUUCUAUCAUUCUUUUCAAUCUCUUUUUUCUGAACCAUCCAUCUUCCAUUAGUACACCUUCAAAGAUCAAAUGUUUGUGUUGCAACCACUUGUAGAACACAUACAUUAUCUUAUUUAUCAAAGCUUUAACUUCGUUUCCAAA